GUUUCCACAUACUUUGUGUGUAUAUAUAGUGUAUGAUAACCACUUAUUACUAAGAACAACAUAGCAGUUUUACCUCCUCCUCACUUUAUAUUUAGAUCGUUUGGAAGGUGGAAAACUGUUUGAACUGCGUUUGGACGGAGCAAAUCACAGGUGCCUUUGUCCAUAAACACACACACAAACACACAGGGCUGUUUUUAAUCUCUCCGCUGCUUUCUUUCAAUCUAGUCUGAGUGUCAUUGCCAACAAAGUGCAAAUUGAUAUUUGGCCAAUUUUCUAAAAUGUUUUCACAUUGGGUGUUUAUGCAGAGCUUAAAAGGUAUGGAUAUUGACAGAUGGAAAAGGUAUGGACAGGUAAUGGAACAAAAUCCAUACCUAACUUAUUUGUUGUGGAUUCAGAGCGUUUAUAGGCAUUUUUCUCAAAAACACUGAAUUUACAUUUAUUUAUUUUUUUUUUACCAAAAUGUGAGAUAAAGUAGGCCUAGCGAUGAUGAAAAGUUUGACUGUAUAGUGUUAGGUCAUAUUAGGCUUUUUUGUAGCUGAUUAAAUUUGUCAAGGUUUUGUUGUUGAUCAGCUAUAGUUUCAUCGGUUGGUAUGGGUUAAAACAAAAGCCUGCACCGUAUGUGGGUCUCCACUCUCCAUGGACCAAGAUUUCAAAAACAGUUGUAGGGGUGUGAAGAUUUCGACAUUUUUUUUUUUUUUUUUUAAAUCAUGUGAUAUUGUUAGCAUAUGGUGUCACAAAAUGCAAGAUAGGGCUGCUUUUAUCUUGGUUUUGAACCUUUCUCUUCGUUUCUAACCCAUGAAAUGGAGGAAUGGGUCAUCUCAGAAAUCUUAGGUAAAAGCAACAAUUUAAGGCGAUUUUGAAAGAGCUAAUUGCGCCCUCUUUUGGAUUUCCAUGUACAGGCACAAACACCUGGCGCGCACGACUCUUUGUUUUACAUCAUGACACGUCAUAAUUGUCCAUGUACAUUACGUCAGAGCAAUAGUGUUUUUUAAGGCCAUGUGACAAUCUGUCAGACGCAAAUAUCUGGUUUGAUAUCCGUUUCAGCCUACCUAAAAUCAUGGCUGAUUUAAGAGGGUAGAAUUCAACCAUGAUUACUCGUAGCUCCCAGGAAGUUCUCUCUCCAGUCCCCAACAGCUCUGACCAGGGUUGGGGUCUGAAUGGAGGCGGCAGGCGGAAGAGGAAAAGGUCUGGGUUCCACAACGCCAAAACUGCUUCCCCCGACUUAGAAUGUAACGGGUCCAAGGAGCCAAAGGCUUUCCAGGAGCUAUUUGCUGUGCCGGCUCCCCCUGCACCCAAGGUCCUGUGCCGGCGUACAGGGAAUGUUAGCCAGAGAUGCAACGCUUUGACCUCCAGGGCCUGGGCCCCAGGCAGGGGGGGUUGGAUGGAGCCUGUAGGCCAUGGUCCAGCCCUGAACCAGACUCAAGGCCCCUGGCCACUGUGCCUGGUGGGGGCAAAGGAUGACUACCCCUCCACUUCCCGCCCUAAAGCCACUAAACGCCACCGCAAAGCCCGGCUGGAAAAGCUGUAUGUAAAGGGGACGUUGCUGGGGAAAGGGGGCUAUGGCUCUGUCUAUGCAGGGACCCGCAAAUCUGACGGCAUGCCGGUAGCCAUCAAGUAUGUGUCCAAGGCCCAAGCUGAGGAGGAGCUGGACAUUCCUGGGCAAGAAGGGCCCCUGCCCCUGGAGGUGGCGUUGAUGAAGCAGGUGAACGAGGCGCCACAGUGUCCCUACAUCAUGCAGCUGCUGGAGUGGUUUGACCAACCGUCGCGCUACAUCAUGGUGCUGGAGCGCCCCGAGCCCUGCCAGGACCUUAUCGCCUUCUGCCAGGACCGGGGAGGCACCAUGAGCGAGGGCUUAGCGCGCCAGGUGAUGGUGCAGCUGUUGAGGGCGCUGAACCACUGCAGCGAGCGAGGGGUCCUGCACCGGGACGUCAAGCCAGAGAACCUGCUGAUCCAGACUGACUCGCAGCACGUCAAGCUGUUCGACUUUGGCUGUGGAGACCUGCUGAAGAAUACGGCCUACAAGGACUUUGCAGGCACCCUGGAGUACACCCCUCCAGAGUGGUUCCUACAUAGACAGUACCUGGCAGGUCCAGCUACUGUCUGGUCGGUGGGCAUCACCCUCUACAACCUGAUAUGUGGCUUCCUGCCCUUCAGCACCAUCCGAGAAACCAUCAAGGGCCGCGUGCGCUUCACCAAGGGACUGUCCCCCGAGUGCCGUCAGCUGAUUCGCUGGUGCCUGAGCACUAAGGCAGCGGACCGACCAACCAUGGAGCAGAUCCAGCUCCAUCCCUGGCUCCUGUGAGGGGCCCCCAGGCCAAUGAAAAAUACAGUUAUAAUCUCAGUUCAUUCUUGUCAUAGUCAUUUGAGUCACUUUUAAGCACUUUAACCGAGCACUUUAUAGCGUGGUUUAAAACCCCACCCCAAAGACUAAUAGCGAACGUGCAUAAAGAUGGCAUUGUUUUAGCACUAUCCAAAGUUUUUCAACAAAACCUGACACAAAUGAAGAUGGGUUUGGUGGAACGACUGGAGCUGCAGUUAAAUGCUAUACGUUUGAUUUAUUUCCCUGGAGUCUUCCAUUCUGAAAAUAUCAAUAUUUAUAGGCUUAGUGCUUCUACUUUAGUGCUUCUACUUUUUUACAAAUGCAUUAUUUGUGUUUAGUGACCCGCCAGAUCAGAGGCAUGUAGGGAUGACAACCCGUUAUAUUGAUAGGUGCACCAUAUUGCUGUCUUGCCUGAGCAUUCGAAAUGUAACGAGUACUUUUGGGUGUCAGAGAAAAUGUAUGGUAGUAAAAAGUAUAUAUAUUCUCUAGGAAGUUAAAAGUUAAAGUAAAAAAAAUAUAUAAAUAGUAAGGUACAGAAACCCGAAAAACUACUUAAGUAGUACUGCAACAUCACAUAGAGAUGCCAGGGGGAAAUAGUUUCAGGGCCGGGACGGGGGGAGAUGUCAGAGUUUUGACUGGUGCUCCCCAAAGCUGAGGGGAAAGACAGACGUAUCUGUUCUCUGCAAUAUAACAUCAGAAUGUGAAAGGGAAGCCUCUUGAACUGAGGGUGUGUAGAGGGUGGGACGGGUCACUAACAACAGUCAGUGCCUUCCUUUUGGUUGCCCUAUGGAAGAGGUUGCCCAGCUGUUCCUGUGGCUGACCGAUGAUUUUGCUGGCUGACAAUUGUGGCCAGCUUGUUUUUACUCCUCACAUUCAAGUUGCUGUAUCAGACUGUCAUGUUGAUGGUUAGGAUGCUCUCCAAACCGCUGUACACCAUCACCAGAAUAUCUUGACCAUCUUAUUACCUUGCUCUCUUUCUUCCUAUCCUUUAACCCAGAUUUCUAGUUUGCUAAAAACAGUCCUCACAAAACAGACUAUGCAUAUGUCUGAAAAAGGGAAGAAUUAAGAUAAAACUGAAAAUACAUUUUGACUUCUGUCUGAAAGUCUGGUAAAUGAUCUAGAUGUAUUCAGAGUGUAGACAGAGCUUGGACAUUUCUCUAAAACUUUUGUUGGUUAUUCAAGCAUGACAUUGGCUCCAAUCUCUACUGUUUUCUGAUAAGUACUACCCCUCUGCAAAUGCUGGGGCUAGUUAAAAAAUGUAGAUAUAUCUGUCAAAUUAAUGUUUGAGUUGUGAAAGACAUUAUUUAAAUAAAGCUCAUAAUCUAUGUAAAACUUCAAAAAAUAAAGAUUGAGUCAGGAAGACAAGUUCCAAAAAAUAGCAAGUUCUCUGUGAAACAAAUUCUUUACAAAACAAAUCAAAACAUGAAUGAAUGGAAGAGAGAGAGUUACUGAGUUUUUCUCUGAAAGGACAAUGUAAUCAACUCCUUUCAUGAAUUUUUCCGAUUCUAUUCAACGCAUUCAAUUUUGCUGAAUCUCGUUGAUAAUUAUUUUGUUCACAUUCUCGUAUUACUUGGCAACAUAUUAGCUGCCUUACCAAACCAACAUGCUUGGUAUUCAGUCUGUGUCCAAAAUGAUCAAUUUAAUUUCAAUGGGGAUGUGCCUC